CCCAAUCUUUCUCCUUCGCGUCUCUCUCCCAUUUACAAUUCUGCAAAUUAGGGUUUAAGCAAGAAGAAGCUUGAGAAGUGUUCGAUUUCUGCUGUUGGUUCUUCUUUACUUUGAGAUUUUCAAUAGUGCAAUCGAAACCUCUGAAGAUCCAAGAUGGCUCGUAAUGAAGAGAAAGCGCAGUCGAUGCUCAACAGGUUCAUCACCAUGAAAGAAUCUGAGAAGAAGAAGCCGAGAGAGCGUCGACCUUACCUUGCAUCGGAGUGCCGAGAUCUAGCUGAAGCAGACAAAUGGAGGCAACAAAUCCUUCGAGAGAUCGGUAGCAAAGUGGCUGAGAUUCAGAACGAAGGAUUAGGCGAGCAUCGACUUCGAGAUCUAAACGACGAGAUUAACAAGCUUCUCAGGGAGAGAUAUCAUUGGGAGCGGCGAAUCGUUGAGCUAGGUGGUCAAAAUUACUCGAAACAUGGGGCGAAGAUGACAGAUCUAGAAGGAAACAUCAUCGAUGUACCGAACCCUAGUGGUCGAGGUCCUGGGUAUCGUUACUUCGGUGCUGCUAAGAAGCUUCCUGGAGUUAGAGAGCUUUUUGAGAAGCCUCCAGAGCUGAGGAAGCGUAAAACGAGGUAUGAUAUAUACAAAAGGAUAGAUGCUAGCUAUUACGGGUAUAGAGAUGAUGAAGAUGGUAUUUUGGAGAGUUUGGAGAGGAAUGCUGAAGGAUUGAUGAGGAAAAAAUCGGUGGAGGAGUGGCGGAGAUUGGAUGAGGUUAGGAAGGAAGCUAGGAAGGGAGCUACCGAGGUUGUGAGUGUUGGAGCUGCAGCUGCUGCGGCGAAGCAGGUGUUGUUUGAGGAGGAAGAGGAUGUGGUGGAAGAGGAGAGGAUGGAGAGGGAGAAAGAAGAGGAGAAAGAGAGGGAAUUUGUGGUGCACGUUCCACUGCCGGAUGAGAAGGAGAUUGAGAAAAUGGUGUUGGAGAAGAAGAAAAUGGAUCUGCUUAGUAAGUAUGCAAGUGAAGAUUUGGUUGAGCAGCAGACGGAAGCUAAAUCUAUGCUCAAUAUUCAUAGAUAGAAAGUCUCAGAUGCACUGUUUUACAAACAUACUCUCCUGCGCUUGUCCCGUACCUACAGAAGGAAUGAAGUUGGGCGUUCGGAAUUGGUUUAUGGGAAACAAGUAUGAAAGACUUGAGAAGAAGAGCAAAGUCAGAGACAAUGGAACUUGGAACUGAACUCAAAUUAUCUUAUGUAGCUAGACUGUAGUAUCUUUGUACUUCUGAAUGUCUAACAGACAUCCUGAUAAGAUAAUUGAAUGUCAUGCACAAUAUCGAGGUUUAUGCAUCGUUCCUUUGGCUCUCA